CGUUUGAAGAAAGCGCGGUAUGGAAAUCCUUCGCCUGAAAACAAGUCCUGUGAAAAUGGCCAAGCACUUCUAACGUCUGCUGUGUUUGUAUUAUAACCCCGAAAGGACUUUCAGACUCGGCUGCAGAAGGACGAUGCCAAUACGAGCUUACUGCACCAUCUGUUCGGAUUUCUUUGACCAUUCAAAAGACGUGGCAGCGAUUCACUGUGGCCACACGUUCCACUAUGUGUGUCUUCUUCAGUGGUUCCAGUCCGCUCCCACAAAGACAUGUCCACAAUGCAGGAAGCAGGUCAGUACAAGGCACAUCAUCAACAAGCUAUUCUUUGAUAUAGCGGCCGAGGAUGAGGGUUCUGCAACAGAUCCAGAAAGCUUACAGAAUGAGCUGGGCAGAAUGAAAGCGCUUUUAUGUGAAAAGGAGAGGGAGUGGCGAGACAAGCAGAAGGCGGCUGAAGCUCUGCAGGAGACGAUGGAGAGGCAGAGGACGGAUCUGGACCGAGUCAGGAGAGAGAUAGGGGAGAAGGAGAUGCUCUGCACUGCCCUUCGAAAACAGCUGCAGUACCUGGAGAGCCAGCACAGGGAGAGUGAGUCAGCUAAAGAGGAAGCCAAGCGACUCCGCAUCAAAAUGAAAACCUACGAGAGUCUUCAUGUGGUCCUGCAGGGCCAGAGGGCUGAGGUGGAGGCCAUGAUCUCCGACAUGGGGGUGGGGCAGUCCGCCGUAGAACAGCUCUCCAUCUACUGCAUCUCCCUGAAAAAAGAGUAUGAAAAUCUGAAGGGCGGUCUCAAAUCCUCGAAUGAGAUGUGUGAGAAGCUGAAGAGAGACGUGUUCUCCUCUAAUAAUAAGCUUCAGAAGACCAUAGCAGAGAAGAACAAGUUGACCGAGGACAUGAAGUCUCUGCAAAAUGACCUCACCAAUGCAGACAAAGAGGUCACUAGUCUGAAGAAGAAAGUAGAGAUACUGCAGAAGACCCUAAGCACGCCCACUCGCACCAACGAGGCCAUCAGCCGCCUGGUGUUGGAGAGCCCCGCCCCUUUAGAGCUUAAACCCCCGAGAUUACACCCACCUAUUGACAGUCAGGACAUCGACCUCAACCUAACCUUUGACAUCAACACACCUGAGCAGGUGGAGAAGAGAUCUAUUCCCAUGCCAAUGAAGAAGAUGCGCCUGGAACUGACAGACUCUUCAUCUAAACAUGGUGAAAAUGUAUUUGGAAGUAAGAAUCAAAACUCUCAUACCAAAGACGAAGUUUCUGUGGAGUCCAUGUUCCGGAACUCUCUGCUCUUCAGGAAGAAGACAUUUGGCAGCAUGCUAGAUCCACACAGCAAACCUGGCUCUGUAAGAACAGGUUACGAUGGCUUUGGAGGAAGGACCAAGUUCAUCCAGCCUUCUCCCUUGGCUGAGAUGAGGCCCCACGUCAUAAAAGCCAAGAGAAAGAAGGUGUCUAGGCCUGUUGCAAGCAAGUUGGCCCCCAACCUCACCACACUCGAUGGUUUCCUGGAGUGACCCUGCACCUUCCCCAACCUCCACAUCCAGUCACCUUUUCCAUAUUGAUAUGGAAAUCAGAACUGUGUUCCUUCCACCUGCCUGAGACUUUUCCCUCUAUACAAGCCACAGCUGUAGGAGAGCCAGGUGUGCUCUCUGUGCAGCUGCUCGGAAUUCAUAAUGGCUUCUCUGUAUCUUUUUAGUGACCAUCUAUGAGAGGUUGUUAUUAUGGUACCUGGUUCUACAUGAUGCCAGGGACUGUCUCUUUCUCAGCGAAAGAAUGCUAAAUUAAGAUCGGCUCUCUCAGCCCAGAAAACAGCACACGCAAGUCAUGGGUGCCCAGGUCUGAUCCUGGAUAUCUGCUAUCCUAUAGAGUCUAAACUAAAUCUACCACACUUGAUCCAAUUAGACAGGGGGCAUUACUACUAUUUGAAUAUUUGAGCCAAGUGUGUUGGCGGUAGAGCUCCAGGACCAGUGUUGGACACCUAAAGCAGGACACAAUGCUGGUCCCAGCUUCACAAUAAGAAACAUUAGUUCUAUUACUUUUCUCAGAUUAGAACAUUUUAAUGAAUUGAGAUCUCACAGAGGUUGGUGUCAGGGGUCCAACAAGAGAUUUAAACAAGUCAGUAUCUGUAACUUUUUUUUUUUCCCCGCCAUUCACAGAUUUAUUUUUGUAUCUUUGUCAGUGUGCAUAGCUUAGUUUUUAUUUGUGCAUUAGAUGUGUGUAAACCUAAAACUUAAUAAACAGGUCUUAUUCAA